ACAAGCUUUUCUUCUUCAUCCAAGAAUGAUGCCAAGAUCAGUCAUCACCUUCCUAUACCUCCUCGACCUCAUCCAGUACACCGCAUCCUUCCUCCUUUAUCGCAUCGGCCUCAACCCAUCCUUUGAAACAGAGCCGACACCAUGGGACGACGAGGAGUUCUUAUUCAUGUCUGUUGGCAUUUCCAUGCCAACAACAACAUCUACUGCACAGACCUUGAAGAAUAAUUUGCCUGUUAUCGAUUACAAGAGCUUUCUCGAGAGAAAAAGAAAAUCUCCCAUGGCUGAGGCAACGCCAGAUUGUGCCAUUUGCCUUCAGUUCAUAGAGCCUAUGGACCAUGUUCGUGAGCUAGGCAAUUGUUGCCAUGAAUUCCACAUGGAUUGCAUGGACCGGUGGUUGGACCUAGGCCGAUUCAAUUGUCCUCUCUGUAGAUCAGCGGUGUUUCCAUCUCAGGUCGUCUUCUGCAAAGGACCGUUUUCGGUUUUGAAAUUUCUUCUAUUUGGGAAUGAUUCAGUGGCUAGAGGCUGUUGA